AUGAAUGCGCUGGGGGCCUUGGUCAGUUUGCUGGUUGAACAACCGGAGGUUAAGGAGGCUGUGACGGCCAAGAAUGGGGGGACGAGUGCUGGGGAUCCGAAUGCGGGACGGGAGGGGGAAGUGGGGGAGUGGGAGGGGGAGAGCGAGGUUAUUACCGAUGCGGAUAGGGUUGGGGCGGCGGUGGUGACGAUUUUGAUGGUGGGGACUGUGAUGGGGAUGAUGAUUUGGGUUAGUGCGACUACGGGGGAGGAGGAGGAGUAUGCGAGGGUUAUGAGGGGGGAGAAGAAGAAGGGUAAGGGCAGGGUGAUUGAGAGGACAUGA